UUGCCCAGCGACAGAGGAAGCUUCGUUUUCGCCAUCAUCCCAUCUUCGCUUAGUUUGUUAACCGACUUUACUGGUAUUUCUUUUCGCUUAUCAACUUAUCAAGGCGAUGGAAGUGACAAUGGACCCGUUGUUUCUGGCGUGGAGUUAUUUCAGGAGGCGUAAACUCCAACAAUGUUCAGAUAUUUGUACAAAGAUUUUGCAAGACAACCCCUACGACCAGGACUCCUCCUUGUUUAUCUCAGAGGCUGCAUGGAGUUUGAAAACUCAGGCUCUUACAGAGAUGGUGUACAUAGAUGAGGUUGAGGUUGAUCAGGAGGGGAUUGCUGAGAUGAUGCUGGAUGAGAGCUCUAUUGCUCAAGUUGCACGACCUGGAACUUCAUUGAGACUCCCUGGAACAAGUCAGGGCGGAGGUCCCACACCGGCUGUCAGGCCUAUGACACAGUCAGGACGUCCUAUCACAGGAUUUGUGAGGCCCAGCACACAGUCAGGGCGUCCUGGGACGAUGGAGCAGGCCAUCAAAACCCCACGUACUGCCAGCACCGCUCGUCCCGUCACCAGUGCUUCUGGUCGGUUCAUCCGUUUGGGAACAGCUUCAAUGUUAACCAAUCCAGACGGGCCUUUUAUAAACCUGUCAAGACUAAAUCUGGCCAAGUAUUCCCAAAAGCCCAAUUUAUCCAGGACACUAUUUGAGUACAUCUUUCAUCAUGAAAAUGACGUCAAAAACGCUUUAGAUUUGGCUGCUCAGGCCACUGAGCAUGCACAGUUCAAAGACUGGUGGUGGAAAGUGCAACUGGGAAAAUGCUACUACAGGCUGGGUUUAUAUAGGGAAGCAGAAAAACAGUUUCGGUCAGCUCUCAACCACCAAGAGGUGGUCGAUACAUAUCUCUACCUCGCAAAGGUUUAUCAGCGCCUGGAUCAACCGAUAACAGCCCUCAACCUCUUCAAGCAAGGCCUGGACCACUUCCCCGGUGAGGUCACCCUUCUAACAGGAAUUGCUCGCAUCCACGAGGAGAUGAACAACAUUUCGUCGGCCACAGAGUACUACAAAGACGUCCUGAAGCAGGACAACACUCACGUGGAGGCUAUCGCCUGCAUAGGCAGCAACCACUUCUACACCGACCAACCCGAGAUUGCCCUGCGUUUCUAUCGACGACUGCUCCAGAUGGGAGUGUAUAAUUGCCAGCUGUACAACAACCUGGGCCUGUGUUGUUUCUAUGCCCAGCAGUACGAUAUGACUCUGUCCUCGUUUGAGAGGGCUCUGGCCCUGGUAGCUAAUGAUGAAGAGCAGGCGGAUGUCUGGUACAACAUAGGACACGUGGCUGUGGGUAUAGGGGACUUGACACUGGCCUAUCAGUGUUUUAAACUGACUCUGGCUUUUAACAAUGACCAUGCCGAGGCCUACAACAACCUGGCUGUGCUGGAGCUGCGCAAAGGUCAUAUCGAACAGUCGAAAGCCUUCCUGCAGACCGCUUCAUCUCUGGCCCCUCACAUGUAUGAACCACACUACAAUCUCUCAAUUCUCUCUGAAAAGAUCGGAGACCUUCAGAGCAGCUACACCGCGGCCCAACGAGCUGAAGACGCUUUUCCAGAACACGUCGACACUCAGCAGCUCCUCAAGCAGCUUCGGCAGCACUUCUCCGUGCUGUGAGCGUCCGACCACCACCUGGUUUCCGUCAAUCACAAACUUACAGUGAAAGGUUGACAGGUUAGUCAGACUCUGAGAUCAAGAAAGGGGCAUUAGUUUUGAUUGUGUUUAUUUAUAAAGUGGUCGAACAGAGUCCGUUCGCAGACUGUCUUAUCCUGUACUUUAUUUCAAAAUUCUGUGCACACUAGUGAAUCUGGAUGUGAUUGGUCCUUCCACUUUGAUUUGUAUUAUCAUGUGUAAUCGUAAAUCAUAUGUCACACGGCAGAGAAGUCGAAGGAACGUGCAAUUUAUGUGAAGAUGGCGGUUUCCUUGACAAACCGGUACUGUGGUGGACAUAUGUGUACAGUAGUAAUGCAUGUGUACAUACUAAAGAUAAAGAUUUUAUUUAUUACAGUGAAACAAUUGGCAUACAUUUUAUAGUUCCCUUCGUAACUCAGAGGUAUUUUUAAUAUUUUAACCUUUCUUGCUGUUUUGUAGUUUUAACAGACAUGACAAUAAAAAAAAAAGUACCAAUUCA